AUGCACACCAGCACUUUCACACGAAGUGAUACAUUAUUCGGCAUGCUUUUGACAAUAUUUCUGUUUGUCAAGUCAGACAUCAAAACUACGUUAAUUCCUAUCACAAUAUUGAGUGUCAGUUCAGCUCCCCUUUGCACCCCGCAUCGCAUUGUUCCAGUGGUUUGGUGGAUAUUUUUGCAUCUCCUGCAGUUCGACACAUCCAAUCAAAUACAAGAUGUCGAAGAAGAUGCAAAAAACAAGCCCAUUCGCCCAUUGCCAGCCGGUCGAAUCUCGCUGAGGCAUGCCAUCAUUCUUCGCUGGGGCCUAGUCCCAGCUUGUUGGAUCAUAUCCAUCGUACACGGUGGUCCUGUGCUAUUUUCUAGCGUGGCUCUCGUGCUGUUUACUAUCUUAUACAACGAAUUACAAGCACACCGUCACUGGCUCACAAAGAACAUUGUAACUGCUAUAGGUUUUGCUUCGUUUGAAAUAGGAGGAACGUUGAUCGCAGGCUGUGAUGCGUCGCACAUGGACGCUGCAGCAUGUCUGUCUGUCGCGAUAAGCACAGCGGUAUUUGCUACCACUAUACAUACCCAAGAUUUCAAAGACGAGGAGGGAGACAGAUUAACCGGCAGGAUGACCUUACCGAUCAUGUCACCCCAAUUGGGUCGUGCCUCGAUCUUACCACUUCUCGCAUUUUGGUCGAUCGCUGUCAGCUUCGUGUGGCAGUUGACUUGGGCUUACAGCAUUCUACUUCUAUGCUUCUCUGUGCUGGUCGGCGUUCGGUUCUUGUUAUUGAGAAACAGGGCAGCGGACCAAACAUCAUUCCUUCUAUACAACGUGUGGUUGUCGGCAGUGCACAUAUUGCCAGGCUAUUGGCGGUACAUCCAAUAUCAGGACCCUUGCCUCGAAUAA